GUAAGUGCAGCGCGUGCGUCCUUCAGAAGCGCAGCGCGAUGCUCAGACAGCAACAAGACGAGCCCUUCUUUGCCGACCCGUUCCAGCUGCAUCAUGAGCGCAUGCAGCAGAUGAUGGGGGGUUUCUCUGACCCCUUCGGUCACAGGGGUCACGGGGGUCACAGGGCUGCGGCUCAGCCCAACACUGGCCCGAACGACCGCAGCAGCCGAGUGAGUGUUUCCUAUGCAAGCUACUUCUUCUUCUCUCAGACUGUGUUGUUGUGUAACCUCAUUGACCCCGGAGCGGUUUAAACACUUAAAUACCAUACACGGUUUAUCACAUUCUAGAUGACUAUCAUAGUAUCACAGGCCUCUCUCCAAUCACACAUGCCUUCCACACAUC